GUUAAAAAAAAAAAAAAGCAGUACCCAUCCAACCUACCUCGUGCCAGCAUUGUCAUUUGUUUCCACAAUGAAGAAUUUAAUGUCUUGUUUUGGACAGUGUCCAGUGUCAUGACUCUCACUCCACAGCAUAUCUUUGAAGAAAUUAUUUUGGUAGAUGACAUGAGUGAAUUUGAUGAUUUGAAAGAGAAACUAGUCUACCAUGUGGAAAUUUUUGGGGGAAAGGUUAAAUUAAUAAGAAACAAAAAGAGAGAGGGACCAAUUCGAGCAAGGCUGACUGGAGCAUCACGUGCUUCAGGGGACGUUCUGAUGCUCCUGGAUACCCAUUGCAAGGUGAAUAAAGUAUGGCUGGAGCCCUUGCUGAAUGCCAUUGCCACGGACCCCCACAUGGAGGUGUGUCCUCUGAUAGAUGCCAUUGAUUAUACGACCCUGGAAUACCAGCCCUCUCCUGUUGUCAGGGGAGCUUUCAACUGGUAUCUGCAAUUUAAACGGGAUCGUGUUUUCUCUUAUGAGAUGGAUGGACCAGAAGGACCCACUAGAGCUAUCCAAUCACCUGCAAUGGCUGGAGGAAGUUGUGCUAUAAAUAGGCAUUAUUUUAAUGCAAUCGGAAAGUACCACAAGGGCAUGAAUCUCUGGGGAGGAGAACAUUAGGAACUUUCACUAAGGAUCUGGAUGUGUGGAGGCCAACUCUUUAUACUCCCCUGCUCUCGAGUAGGACAUAUUGAUAAGCAACACGUUGCAAACCACACUGGAAUUGUAAAAGCCUUGGUAUAUAACAAUCUCAGACUGGCGCACAUUUGGCUAGAUGAAUACAAGAUCUAUCUUCCUCCCACAAAGAUGGCCCGUCUGUGGCAAAUACCUCUCUCUGUCCCCAUUCCCAUGGGCAAAUUUUUGGAUUCUCUUCCUCCACUACCAAGCUCCCAAGUGAUGCGGCUGCAGCUGAGUUCAGCAGGCCAACGACCUGCUUUCUGCAUUGAUCCUGAGGCAGCUACUGACCAUGAGAUGGAUAAAGUCCUUGCCUUGCUAAAUGCUGCCCUGGUUUCAACUAAGGCUUUUGGAGAACUGAUUGCCUGGCAGGAGUCAGACAAGAUGAGGACAGACUCGCUAAGAAACAAGAAGCUGAGCCCUUCCGCCCUGGCCAGCGUCAUGCAGAGUGGAUAA